UUUUGUUUGUUUAGAACAAAUUUUGAAAAAAAUUUAAUUUAUUUUAAAUUUGGUUUUUAAUUUCCACAUAAUCUAAAAAACUGCAUCAAUUUAAUGCAAAAAUGGACACAAAUUUAAAAAUCAUAGAACUUGUCCAAAGAAGACCUAUAUUAUAUACAAAAUGUAAUAAUUUUUCUGCCCGCGCAAUUACAUGGAAAGAAAUUGCUGAUAUUUUAAAAACUGAUGUUGUUUUGGUUAAAAGUCGAUGGCAUCUUCUACGAGCUAAAUUCAUAGAAGAAUAUUCUUCAGUUUUAAAAGGAAACCGAACUGCAUUUAAAUAUUUUGCCGAAAUGUCCUUUCUAACAAAUCACAUCAAUUUGGAAGCUUUUGAAAUGUAUUCCAAAGAAAAUGAUCAAUAUAGAACUGAACCAGAGUUUAAUAUAACUCGAAAAGAUAUUGAAGAUGCAAGUGACGAUGAAGAGACAAGUGAAUUUAUUGAAUUAGAACUUGAUGAUGAAAGUCAUAGGGAAUUGGCACAAAUUCCAUUUAGUGGCUCGGAAGAAGCUGCUACUCAUAAUGUUUAUGUUGAACCAAUUUAUAUUGAUGAGUAUUCAAAUACUUCACAGGGUCAGGAAGAGGAAGAGGAAGAAGAAGAAAUUCAUUCAAACAUUAAAACAAUUCAACAAGAAGUGGAAAUGUUGGUGGACAAUUCACAAUCCCAAGAGGAAGAAGAAGAGACAACUCCGACUAUUGAGUCAGAGCAGCAAGAUGUGGAAAUGUUUGUAGACACUUUACAUUCACAAGAAGAAGAGGAAGUAAUUCAAAAUAUUGAAUCAAAUCAACAUGAAGUAGAAAUUGUAACAGAGGCUUCUCAGUCACAUGAGGAAAGGGAAAUAACUAUGAACAUUAAACCCGAGGAACAAGAAAUGGUGGUAGAUGCCACAGAGUCACAGGUUAAAGUAAAAACUAAUCAAAACCCUAAACCAAAACAACAAGAUACAAAAAUGUUGGUUAAAUCAUCACGAAAAGAAAAAACUCCAAACAAUAAGCCAAAGCAGCAAGAAGUUGAAAAGUUUGUUACAACGCAACAGAAAUCCGAUUCAAGUUAUUUAGCAACAGCGAAUUCACCGUCAAUAAAACCAUCGUCAGAAAAAACUGUUUCUGGGGAUAUUCAGAAAUUAAUUAAAAAAGAAGAUCCUAAAGAAAAAACUGUUGACAAAUUUGAAGUUGCUACAAAAACCUUAGAUCGACAAAGCCCUUGUAAAAAUGAAACUACUCGUGAGCCCACAAAACCUGUAGAAGUAACACAAAAAAAACCUAUUCCAAUUCAAAAAACUGAAACCUAUAGAUGUGAAGAUACUAUUUUUGGUGAACUUGUUACAGCGACGUUACGACAAAUGCAUCCUGAUAAAAAGAAGGCGACGAAGAGGGAAAUAAUGAAUUUACUUUUUACAUGAUAAUUUAUAAUCUAGUUUUAACAAGAUAUAGACUUAGGGCUAGGUUGCAGCCACUGACACUUGAGAAGCUUGUAUUAGAAACUUAAGUACCAUUUCUUUUGUUACAAUGGACAAUGACUUAACGCCUUGCUUCUUUAGUGUUAGGCGUUUUUCUAUUAUAGUUCUGAGCAGAAUCUGAGCUUAUCAAUCUCCCCCUGGUGACUGCCCUCUGAGCUCUCCCAUUUAUUUAGAUGCUGUCGGUACCUUUUUUUGCCUUUUCUUAUCACUAGUUUGGGACACCUCUUAAAUUAUGGA